GGUACAACAUACCAGCUGCUCAGCUGAUUCACAUGCGGGACUUAGGAUUUAGUUGGAUGGCCAUAUCUCGGAUGCUGUCUGUAAACAUCCGAACACUGUACAACCACAGGACACAACUCGGUCUGGUGGACUAUGGGAGUUUCACUGACAUUGCAAAUGUCGAUCUGGAUCGACUCAUUGCUGAGAUUCUCAGACAAACCCCCGGUUCCGGAGAGACCUAUGUCACUGGUAGUUUGAGAGGACGAGGAAUCAGAGUUCAGCGUUGGCGGGUACGGGAACGUUUAAGAACAAUAGAUCCAGUGGGGCGAGCCUUAAGAGGACGAAGGGCAAUUCAACGGAGGGUCUACAAUGUCUCUGCCCCAAAUCAAGUAUGGCAUAUUGACACAAACCACAAAUUAAAUCCAUGGGGAUUUGUGUAUCAUGGAGCAGUUGAUGGCUACAGUCGCUGCAUUACCUUCCUGAGAUGUUGCACAGACAACCGAGCAUCAACUGCCUUGCAUCUUUUCCAGGGUGCCGUUGAUGUAUUUGGACUGCCACAUCAUGUCAGGGGCGAUGCUGGUAGCGAGAACAUUGAUGUUGCACGGUUCAUGAUUGAAAAUCGAGGAGCAAACAGAGGAAGUUUCAUGGUUGGACGUAGUGUCCAUAAUCAAAGGAUUGAAAGAUUGUGGGCAGAAGUAAAUAGGGUGGUGUCAGGAUACUAUAAAGACCUUUUCCUCUUUAUGGAAAAUUUCGGACUGUUAGACAGCAUAGACCCUCUUCACAUUACAGCACUUCACCAUGUUUAUCAUCCAAGAAUUAACAGAUCUGUGGAUGAGUUUGUGAGCCAGUGGAACAACCACAGCUUGAGGACAAUGGAGAGUCGGUCCCCACUGCAACUGUGGACAAUUGGAAUGCUCCAACUUCCUCAGCAUCAAAGGCUCCUCAAUCGUGUGCCUGUGCAACCCCCUUAUGCACACCAGUGGAAUGUGGAGUUAAGGCCCAUCAACCCCUUCACUGAUGAUGGAAAUCAUGGAAUAGAACUUUUUGUCAGAGCAUGUGAACUGCUUGAGAGAUAGUCUGCUAGCUUGGGUAAUUCACUUGUUAAACUAUUGCGAUGUCAUACAUUGUCACAUAUAGACUCAGAUAUAAAUAAGUAAUUUUGAGAAAUAUCACAAAAUUGAACAUUGUUAUUUGGUUUCAAGACUCAGUUUUAAGUGAUUAAUCUUUCAGUUGUACCGUUUAAGGGAUAUCAAUGGACAAAAGGGAUGUACAGGGCCUUGGACAGAAGAUUUGCUGAAAAUAUACAUUUCUUUCAUGACAAAAUGUGAUGUUAUCACUGUAUAGAUAUGUGCCAGGACCCCUAAACUGAUACAAAAACUGUAUGGAGUUUAAUACAAUGCAAAGUUUCAAGUAAAAGACCUGAAAUCUGUAUUUAAGAACAAUACUUGCAUAAAUGUACUUAGUUACUGUCCACCCCUGAUUAUAUUAUAUAUAAUUAUAUAUAAUGUAUUAAUUUAACCCUAUUGAUGAAGAUGAACUUGUAUAAAUUAAUUUUGUGUACAGCUUUUCAAAUCGAAAAAAUAUGACAAGUCUGGGAUAAACAUAUCUCA